AUGGAGUCCAUCUCAGUGUACAUCUUCGUUUCAUUUGCAGUAUUUAUCUGGGUGACGGCUGUUGCUAUCUACAGAUUGACCUUCCAUCCGCUCGCGAAAAUCCCUGGACCCAAAUUAGCUGCCAUUACUCAACUCUACCAGACUUACUAUUCAUAUCAUAAGAAUGAAAGUCGAUACUAUCAAAAAGUCGAGCAGCUUCACAAAAAAUACGGCCCCGUUGUCCGAAUUAACCCAGAUGAAGUCUCACUAAGUGACCCUGAGAAUUACAGCAAGAUCUACCAUAUGGGUAGCAAAUACUGGAAGUCACCCAACUAUUACCGUGUAUUUGGAGCUCCCGCAGCAUUUUUCACUACAGUUCCCAAUAAGUUGCAUGCUACUCGGCGAGCAGAAUUAAACCCGUUCUUUUCCCGACGAGCAGUACUAGCCCUAGAGCCUGUGGUCCAGGAAAAGGCACGCACACUAUUAGCUCGGCUAAAAGAUGAUCUUGAUGCGAAAGGCGUCGUUGAGCUUCAUGAUCUAUUCUCUGCUUUAAGCGUUGAUGUUGCGAGUGACUACUCGUUUCAUGAUUCUUACAAUCUUCUCAAUGUAGAGACUUAUGGAAGAGACUUUGCGAACAUGAUCCGUGGAGUUUUGAAGAUGUUUUGGUUUUUCAUGCAAUCCUCUACUCUUCACACCAUAGCGAUUAGUCUGCCGACUUGGGUUUCUGGCAUGGAACCGAGAUUUCGAAGGUACAACACAAUGGUAGAGAGUACACGUAACAAAGUGAGACAAGUCAAGACGCAACUUGAGUUGGGGCAGGAUAAACCACUCCGAAGAACGAUUUUCCAUGAGCUCUUGACCUCGGAAGCUGUUCAGGCUGGAGCCACUCCUCCUAGUGUCGAUGACAUGACAGAUAUAGCCUUGACUAUCAUGGUAGCAGCAGCCGCAGCAACGGGUAAUGCCCUCUCAAUAACAACGUUUCAUGUUCUCAACAACAGAGAUAUCUAUCUUCGGCUGCGUGAGGAGUUGUUGGCUGCAUAUCCUGACGAGACGACAUCCAUGGGUUGGGCCGACCUGGAGAAAUUGCCAUACCUUACCGCAGUCAUCAAAGAGGGUUUACGGUUGUCAUAUGGAGUGAUUGGAAGACUCCCUCGUGUAGUUCCCGACAGUGGAGCAGAGUUCAAUGGCCACUUCCUUCCAGCAGGCAGUAUCGUGGGCAUGUCCACUUGGAUGAUGCAUCGUUCUCCAACGAUAUUUCCUGAUCCCGACAAAUUUGACCCGGAGCGCUGGGUGAACCCAAGCGAAUCCGCCAAACUGGGCCGAUAUUUGGUCUCCUUCGGCAAAGACAGCCGCCAGUGCAUUGGCAUGCCACUGGCAUACUGCGAAAUUUACGUUGUUAUAGCCGUCCUGUUUCGCAACUUGGGUGACCUAGAAGUUUACCAAACACAACCGAAAGACCUUGUUUUUGACGAUUAUUUCUCUGGUUAUCACCCAGACAAUGCAAACCCACUACGUGUGCGCUGCUCUAGGAAGACUGCUCAGGAAGUUUAA